CUUCAACACUUUUCGUUCAACUCCAACAUCUGCAGCCUCUGAUCAAUAUGCCGCUUGCUCCUCCCUUGAACUUUCCGAAAUGGCUUUCCGAGAACGGCCAUCUCCUGAAGCCUCCAGUCAACAAUUUCUGCGUAUACUCGGGCAAGGACUUCAUCGUCAUGAUUGUAGGCGGACCGAACGAGCGGAAUGACUACCACGUCAACGAAACGGAGGAGUGGUUCUACCAACACAAGGGCGGCAUGCUGCUCCGGGUUGUAGACGGCGACGAAUUCAGAGACAUCAGGAUCGAAGAGGGCGAGAUGUUUCUCCUUCCAGCAAACACACCGCACAACCCGGUACGGUUUGCCGAUACCAUCGGACUCGUCCUGGAGCGCGUGCGCCCGGAGGGCUCCAUAGAUCGCCUACGCUGGUACUGCAAGUCCGGCGCGCACGAGAAGCCCACGAUCAUCCGCGAGGAUUCCUUCCACUGCACCGACCUCGGCACGCAACUCAAGCCGGUUAUUCAGAACUGGCAGAACAACGAGUCGAUCCGGAAGUGUCCCGAGUGUGGCGCGGUCGCAGAGGCGAAAUGAACGAGCACAAGAAGAAGUUGUAUUAUCUGUAAGAAUCAGCAUGGUUAUCAGUAUACGUUCUG